UAGCAGCCCAUUUGCAUCCUUACACGGAAAGACAGCGUACUUGUUCUGACACACCGCAAAAGCAAUGGAAAACAGACCGAACAGUCACUCUGGUGAGGACUGCGCCAUUUGCUUGGACACAAUUCACGGGAAGAAAACGUUACGGUGCUCGCACUCUUUUUGCUCGGAGUGUAUCGACUCGGUUUUUAAGUUUAAGCCCGCUUGUCCGAUAUGCAACACGUACCACGGAGAGUACACCGGGAACCAGCCGGAGGGCACGAUGACGGUGAUGCGCAGCUGGCAGCGCCUCCCCGGCUUCGAGCACUGCGGAUCCAUCGUGAUACAGUACAGCUUUCCAGCGGGGAUACAAGGGCCUGAGCACCCAAACCCAGGGGUGAGGUACAGCAGCACCUCUCGUACUGCCUUCCUGCCAGCCUGCAAAGAGGGUGAGAAAGUCCUGAAGCUGCUGCGGAAAGCCUUCGACAGGAGACUCAUCUUCACUGUCGGACAAUCUGUUACCACGGGUCUCAACAACGUCAUCACCUGGAACGACAUUCACCACAAGACCAACAUGAACGGUGGCCCACAAUGUUUUGGAUAUCCAGAUCCAGAUUAUUUGUUCAGGGUUCAAGAGGAGCUUCGUCUUAAAGGAGUGACAGAAGAUAACUGAUGGGUGAAGCCGAUCAGAACACAUCCUUCAAAUACAUUUAAUACUGUGUAUUGCAAAGCCUCUGAUUUUAAGUCUGCACUUUUUGCAGUCCUCCAGCAGGGAUCUUCACCACUGACACUUUAAGGUAUUUUUUUUCUAGUGGAUAUGGUGAGUUAUUAUAUUGACGCAUGAAUGUUGGUGGCUUUUCCCAAAGAUGUUUCAACUGACUAUGCAAAAAUACUUUAAACACAGUCUGUGGAGUAUAUCAUCCAACAAAACAAAGAUUACCCCAGUAAAAGGGCUUAUACUACCAGUCAUUACAUUUCGGUAAUGUAAAUAUCUCAUCUUUUGCAACACUGGAUCACAAGUCUGGUGCCUAAAAGCAAACAUGGGAGACAGGACAGGUGGCAAAAGCACUCGAUCGGACAAACUAAUCCUGAUAUCUGAAAUGAAAAGAACAGGAUAAAGGCUGGACACCGUAAACAACAAAGACUAUCUAACAAAGAGAGACUUCUAGCUGUGCUCUAUAUAGACAGAUAUAUAGAUAGUGGGGAUAUGUCGUGAUGAUAAAGUGGCCACCACUACCCACAGCUGUGGGCUUAUUCACACAUAUCUGACUGUAACUAAUGAGUCCACCAACAUGUCGUUAGUCUUAUAAGCUUGCUUUACAGUGGCUUAUGGUGGGUGACUGCUUUGUCAUUGUUUAGUGUAAUAAAUUCAGACUUUCUUGAUUUUAAGGGGUCUAAGAAAACCUAUUUUAAGACCUGAACUCACAGAGCCUUCUCUGCUAAACAGGCUCGUCCUGCACAGUUUAAACAACCGAAGAGCUAAUGGAACAACGGCCAAGUGUCAGAGAAUACAAAACACACUGAAUUUGUAAAAACAAAACAUAACAAAAAAAAAGUCUAUUAAGUGUGCAGGAUUGUUAACAAUGAAAAAAGAUAAUAUAUAUAUUCAGAGAAAGGUAUAAAUGUUACAGGAAAACUCACCUCUGAUGCAACAUUCACAGGAAAUAAUCUGCUCAAAAUUCCACCAACAUCCAUCAUCACUAAACUUCCUGCACUUAUUGCGUUCACUAUUUGUGUUAAUUGUACAGCUGAUACUUUCUGUACUGGUACUGUUAUUUAUUAUUUAUUAUUGAAUAUCUCCAUAAGAUAUAUCAGUCAGUCAGGGGUUGUCAGUUUGCUUGUGUCAAACCAGAAGAGUGUUUAAACAACAGGAGUAUCAGCAGUCCAGGUGAAGUGUAUCAUGCAUCUGUCAAGCUUUUUUAGUCCAAAAAGCAUGUUUGAGAUCUUUUUUCUCCUUUUUUUUACUCCUGCCUUUUCCCUGUCUGGUCCGCUAGAGGGCAAUGCUCUCCUCAGAGAAGACUGUGUGAUGGCGUCUGUUUGGUAUGCAGCUGUAUCAUCAUCACAGACCCACAGUCCCACAGCACCUCCCAAACCUCAUCGCCCAAAGUCAGUGAGAGGAGCAGAGCUUCUGCUAUAGAUGAUGAGUCAUGUGUUUCUAUGGUGCUCGGGGCAGUUUUAGCAGCAGCAGCAGCAGCAGCAGCUCACACUGUAUGUUCAACGCAGACAGCGGUUGUCACCUUGUGUUUGGCCACAGUGCACUGAUCAUAUCUGGGUUUGUUAUGACAGUGCAGGUGCUGUUAGAGAUCAGUUGUGGUAAUUACAUGCACAGACAGAUGCAAAGUCAGUUUAAAGUUCCUCUCCUGGCGUGGCUUAAACCCCUGAACAUAUCUAAUUUUAAUCUCUGUUCAUUAAAAUUAGAUAUUUGGAAGUGUUUUCCAUGAGAAAAAAUCCUUUAUGCCUUAAAAUGUCUUAGAUAAUACUCUACACCUUUGCCUUCACUUAGAAUGAGUGGAUCUAAAUAGUCCUCGCCUCCUUCUCCACCCACCCCUCGGCCUGCUCACCUUCGACUCUGCUCAUCAAGCACACAAACCUCUGCUGGCGUCCUGUUUUAUAAACUACUGUACGCUACACAAUGGCAGGCGAUAAUAUUGGAGCAAUUCAGCCAUACAGUAAUAUAGCCAUCAUCUAAGUCAGCAGCUUAACUAUCUGACAACAUGUUUUGAGUAACUUUUUGCUUGUAACUUUCUUCAUCAACACUCUCAAGCCAUAUAACAUGUCCUGUCUGCAUUUGACAUGAAUCAUCAUGUAGCCUGACAGGCUAACGCUGGCUAACAUUAUGUAGCACACUGCAGGUUUGUGAGAGUCAACAGAUAAAACACGAGAAAUAAAGUGAAUUGGUUUCUAUCUUAUGUGACAUAUGAAACUCGGGCUGUAGGAAUCCAUGUUUCUGAGACUGUCAUUGGUCCGCUGCUGUUCAAAGGCGGAAAUGCUCAGAGAUUGUCUUGUAGCAUAUAAAAACACCAUGUGUUAACAAGGUUUAAAACUUAAUUUUCUUGACAGGAAGUCUUGAUAAAGACAAAGAAAUUCAACACUCAUCUGUUCAUCUGAAUUGACAAUCGAAUGUUAAGUGUGUAAUAGGUGUGUAGCAGUUAUCACUAGUGCAUAUAAAAUUGCAAACAGAACAUUGUAUUGUCUCAGAUCUCUUUUCACGCAGCAAAGCAGGACACAUAAACUCUGUCUUUGCUUUUCCCUGCACUCUCUGACCAUUUCACAUGUUAGAGCUGAACAUGAGCAGCAUCCAGCUGAUCUUCCUUUCAGGAGGGGCAGCACAGAGUUAUAGGAUGAGGGAACACCUUUAACCUAUAUUUCUGUAUCAGAAAGAGUGCACAUGCGAUAAGGCGGACUUACUGCGCUCGGCCUCUUUAUUGCUCUGGUGUUUAGUGGCUGGGGGCAUUUCUAUGGCCUAAGAUCUCAGGGCAUCUGCUGCUCUCACAACGCAGACCAGGACCCAUCUGGUGAAAUGCACCACCUCCCCCUGCUCCCUGUUCUCCCAUAAUUCAUCAGUCUGGUCCAUCCAUUUCUCAUCAUCAUCUUCCCUUUUCCUCUCCUCUCCCUUUAACAGUUUUCUAUUAAGUGCCUGUAAAUUAUGAGCUUUUCUCUGCCAGUUAUUUUCCUCUCUGCUGCAUUGUGUAAAUGGAAACGACCAGCUUGACCUGAUAAAACUAGGAACAUUUCAUUACAUUUGCAUGUCCUGUUUUGAUUUAUUUCUACGUUUUGGACCUUUUAUUAACAGAAGAGUGACUUACAGCGACAGACUGGGAAAUUGUUUUUGUUAAGUAGAGGAGCAGAUUUGUGUACUUGAAAAUUCACUUGCAGUUGAGUGAAUGUAACCUACAUUUAAAUGUGAAAUAUUCCAUGUCAAAGACAUCCUCUCCUCUGGCUCUAUUUCCAUUGGUAUUAUUGUUCAAAUGCAAAUUGUAUUCUUGAUUAAACUGAAAUAAAAUGACAUGGACUCUCA